AUGCAAAUCGAGUUGAAAGAAAGAAGUGUCCGCGACCGCGUCGCCGUCUCGUUCCUCCGCUCGUCUUGUGCAUGCACGGGAGAAAGAGAAAGAGAACUGUGUAGAUUGACUUCGAAACAGGAGCGAGUGAGACGGAGCGGGAAAAGUUCCCGCCCACAACGCAACAAAAUAUUUUCAGACGCUAAUAAGCUGGCGAGCGGCGGGGCUGCUGGUCGUGGAUUAUUCUGCUACCACUGCCCGCCGAGCCUGCCGCCGCACCAGCAUCGCCUGCCUACACUGGAGUACCCGUUCACUGCUUCCCAUCCUUAUACAAGCUACUCCUAUCACCCGGCGAUACACGAUGACACAUUCGUUCGUCGAAAACAACGGAGAAAUCGCACUACUUUUACAUUACAACAGUUGGAGGAGCUGGAGACUGCGUUCGCGCAGACACACUACCCUGACGUUUUCACACGAGAAGACCUCGCUCUCAAAAUCAAUCUAACUGAAGCGAGAGUACAGGUCUGGUUUCAAAAUCGACGGGCGAAAUGGCGGAAAGCGGAAAGAUUGAAAGAAGAACAACGGAAGAGGGAGGGCGCUGAGGUGAUGGCGAAACGAGACCUUGCCGACGACAAGGGUUCUUCAGAAUGUGGCAUGUCUCGCGGAUCAGGGGACGCGUCGCCAAUGUCCGCGGGCGUAUCGCCUCGCGCAUCUCCGCCCGUCACCCCGGGCUCGCCGCGCCGCUCACCGCACCGCUCGCCUAACAGAUCUCCCAGACACGAUAGAUCGGAGGCGAGCUGUGCGUCACCAGCGCCGUCUGUGGGCAGCGCUGGCUCCCGGGACGCGCCGCCGGAGCCACGGCCUGCGCAUCAUAUAUUUUCACCGUUUGACCAUGGCGCGUUCCGUUCGUCUCCGGCGAGCAGUGCUGACGCUCCCGCUCCACCUCCGCCGCUGUUCCUGCCCCCUCACCUGUCUCAUCUCUCUCAACACUUGAAUCAUUUAUCGCAGCCAUUCUUCCCCUUAAAAGGCUGGGGCGCUCCUUGUCCGUGCUGUCCUAAAGAGGAAGCGCGGUCGUCCAGCGUAGCUGAGCUCCGACGCAAGGCGCACGAACACUCCGCCGCGUUGCUGCAGUCGUUAGCGAAUUUCCAAUCACGCGCUUUCCAGCUGCCACUGCCGUUGCCACCGUUACCGCUGCCAUUGUUGCACGAGCCACCGUCUACUGCGCCACCACCGGACCCACCGAAGCACUUAGAAUAAGAAAGCUUACUUAGUUACUGCACAUCAAUAUUAGCUCUCGAAGAUUCUAAAUUUAAAUAAUCUCUAAUCAGGAAAGUUGCAGCGACAUGGAAAAUAACAUACACAAAACUUUAAUCAUACAUCACAUAUUAGGAAAACAUACAGAUUUACCUAUAAAUGUUAUUUAGGGGUUGAUUGUUUAAACAAUACUGUCUUCUAUAUGUGUAAGACCUUCCCUCUCGUCGUAAUUUGAUUUGACCAAUGGUCGCGCACGGUGCUAAAGCUGAACGUCAGAUGGUACCAAUUUACAAGAGCUUAUGUUUAUUACCAACGUAAGAUGUCAUAUGAUACACAUUAUAUAUGACUACAGUCGCUGCAAUGUCAUUCAAUGUUGAACGAAAGAGAUAAAUGAAUGAAAAUAAUGUUUAAUCAAUCACCCGUUGAACAACGUUUAUAGUAACGAAUAGACUGUAGAUUUAAAAAAAAACAUCGCUUUCAAAACUUCUAAUGAAAAUAAAUUAGGUAAAUAAAAUAAUAUAUGUAAAACAAAUUCAAUUCAAGUGGGAGGUAUGACGUCACGUCAUAAGGCUCUGAAUACAUCCAGACGAGGCAACCGUCAAAGUACUCGUAAUAUCGAUUAUUUACUGUAGUUAUCCGAUACGGUCACACUUUAAAAAUUAAUUUGGAAAAAUCACAAAUCUGCACAGAAUAUAGAUUUAGAGUUAUGAUGUACGAACAAUGUAAUAUUGUUAACAUUUGUUAUAAUAGAAAAAUAAUUAAAGAUAUACAUAUAGGUAAUAGCAUGUCAUAAACUUACGUAACAUGUUUAAAACAUUAAUAUAUUAAGUUAAGUUACUUGAAAUCAUCGUGAAUUCUAGUGCCAUAAUAUUAAUGUUUACGCCAUUAUGAUGUGCCAUAAUACGCCA